AGGAGUCAAUAAUGAGAAACCACACUGCAAUAACAACAUUCAUCCUUCUGGGACUGACAGAAGAUCCUCAGCUGCAGCUUUUGCUUUUCCUUUUCCUCUUUCUCACCUAUAUAUUGUGUGUAACUGGAAAUCUGACCAUCAUCACCCUAACCUUGCUGGAUCCCCACCUUAAAACCCCCAUGUAUUUUUUCCUCCAAAAUUUCUCUUUCUUAGAAAUCUCAUUUACAACUGCCUGCAUUCCAAGAUUCCUAUACAGUAUAUCACCUGGGGACAGAGCAAUUACCUAUAAUGCAUGUCUCACUCAAAUAUUUUGUACGGAUCUCCUUGGGAUAACUGAGUUCUUUCUCUUGGCAACCAUGGCAUAUGAUCGCUAUGUGGCCAUCUGCAAACCCCUGCAUUAUAUGACAAUCAUGAGCAACAAACUCUGCAAAACAAUGGUUGUCUGCUGUUGGCUGGCAGCACUUCUGAUUAUCCUCCCUCCAUUCAGCUUGUGUUUUCAUCUGGAAUUCUGUGAUUCCAAUCUCAUCGAUUAUUUUGGCUGUGAUGUACCUAGUCUCUUGAAGAUCUCAUGCUCAGACACCUGGUUGAUUGAGCAGAUGGUUAUAGCCUGUGCUGUGCUCACUCUCAUCAUCACUCUUGUAGGUGUGGUUCUCUCCUACAUAUACAUCAUAAGGACGAUUCUAAAAUUCCCUUCUGCCCAACAAAGAAAAAAAGCCUUUUCUACCUGUUCUUCCCACAUGAUUGUCGUUUCCAUCACCUAUGGCAGCUGCAUCUUCAUCUACAUCAAACCAUCUGCCAAAGAAGAGGUAAAUCUCAAUAAAGGAGUGGCAUUGCUUCUUUCUUCCAUUUCACCAAUGCUGAAUCCUUUUAUAUAUACUCUGAGGAAUAAGCAAGUUAAACUAGCCUUUCAGGACUCACUCAAAAAAAUUGCAUUUCUUUUA